AUGCUUGUCUUGCAGGGGAUAUCAACUGAAAGCCGUAUACGCAACUACGCAGCAAUGGCAAAUAAUGAAAGCCGCAGCUCAGCGACACCUAGCCGAUCCCGAUGGGAGAAAAUCUACUCGAAGCUGAGACUCUUGGUUUUCUAUGUUUCGUUGUGGCGAUCACGUUGGCUGUGGUUUCUGACGCCUACAAACAUAGUCGGUUUGGGAUUCAUCCUUUUCAUAGCAGCUGUCUUCAAGCAGGCUAUACCUCAUGACGUGUUACCAAGAACUGGACUAGUGCGCUACGAAACUGCAUUGGACACAGCUAAUAUAAUGGAAAUGCGUUUGGAAAUAUUUGAAAGGCAACAUAUGAUGCAGCAGCGGGUCUACCUUGAAAAACUCCAGAAAAUUGAGCAAGCUACACGCACUACAAUAGCAGAAGUCCGUUCGGAGAUUCUCAAUUCGAUUUCCGAGUUGCGCUCUGAAAUAGAGAAGUACAAAGCUGAAAAAGAAGAACUCACUCGGACAGGCACAGAGAAAUUAGCGAGUCAGAUAGCUGAUCAGCUGGUGUCAUUAGAAGGACAGUUAAGCCAUCGCUUAGCUGAGGUCGAAUCCCAAAUAAAUGUUGCCAGUGAACGGGUGCGUGCAGCCACCAACACGUGCUCUGUAGCAUCGUCUUCAGAAACAGUGCGAUCUAUUGUAGAGAAGAAACGAGGGGCUGUUAACUUGGCUAGCAGGUCUCACGGUGCAUAUGUUGUGUCACAUCUGACAUCGAGAGCUGUCACAUCAGGUUCCGUGCUUUACAAUCUUGUUGGUUCUGUUUUUGGGCUGGAGACGUACAACUAUGCGAUCACGGAACGAACUCACAUCAUGCCAUCCGAGGCGUUUUGUUUCGAAGGAUCCGAGGGUAAACUGACGAUUCACUUAUGGUCUAAUGCAAGUGUGGAUGCGAUCGAAUAUGAACAUGACUACUGGCACGAUAUCGUUCCAAUCAGCGCACCCGACCGAUACGAUGUGUUGGUGAGCUUAUUUCAUGUUUUGUGA